GGCCGCACUGUGUAUAUAAGAGUUGUGUAUUGGACAAUGCACAGAGAUCUUAGUGAUUAUCCAAAGUCACUGAGUGUUCAAAUUACCAGACAACAGUGGGUGUUAGGAUUGAAGCUGAGGAAGUUGGCACUGCUUGUUCGAGCGUAUUCUAAGUUACGUUCAAUAUGUCAUCCUGUGUCUGUUUCACAGCUUAAUUGCUGUGUAGACGAUGCGCGUUUCACAGCUUAAUUGCUAUGUAGACGAUGCGCUCAGAUCUGCAACUAUGGCACCGCCAGGUACAUCUUCCCACAUCUCAUGGAUUACUUUGGUGGCGGAUAGAAAUUUGGCUCACAUGUUUCUAGAAGCCUGUUUCGAACCCGAUGCUGCUAAACAUGAGGUUACUAGAUGUCGUAUUUCUAAAUCUGCAAGAUCUUCUUGGAAUUUCGACUGGUCAGCAGAAUCUGACCGUAUCGCAACUACUAUCAUUAAGUCUACCCAAGAUGUUAGUGCUCCGCUCGACCUCGAGAUCGAUUUUGAGGCUCUAAAUGCAUCAAUUAGUAAUUGCCAAGCCUCGACCUCACCUCGUCAAGUCAGUCCGAUGCAACCUCUGCGCUACCAUGUCAAGCACCAACCGUACCAUAUCAAACCCACUCAGGCUGGGUUAAGCACCGCCUACACCACGACAAGUUCUCCCCACAUCUUCGCAGCUUAUGUACUAAUGCUAACUUCUACACCUACCUAUACCGCAUCAGCACUUCGAAUAAUUAGACGUCGUACGCUCGUCCGUAGGCAGUAAUAGAAUCAUUUCUCCAACCUUGAUUCCUUUUAUUUUGUCUCUUACGGCCUAGAGAAGAAAAGGUCUGGCACAUUUGAAUAUAUAUAUACUAUGACUUUUGUGCAUGCUUUGAGAUACCGUGUGCGCUCAUAUUAACCAUCCUCUAGGAUUCGAUCAAACAUAUAUUCAACCUUUUCCAUCCCAACUAGGGAAUCAAAAUCAUCCAGACCAACCGGCGUGUUUGGGGCGUCAUCGAUCAUCGCCUACCGCUAUGACUGCUCGGGUACACUGUUCUACUGAUGCUCUUCGAGAACUCAAAUUUUAACAAGUAGAUCAGUAAUAACAGCUUAU